UCCGGCUCCCACGCAAGCUCCCCCGCGCUCCCACUCCUCCGUCCCACGCCGCGCCCGCUCCAUCUCGCGCCCCUCCCCGCCCACAAACACUCCCCCCAAACCCUUUGCCCCCGCGCGCGCUCCCGGUCAGCCCCCAUGGGCAAUUGCUCCCCGUCCCCGCGCCGCCGCCGACCGACGGAGCCGGGCUCCCCGCCGCUCGACGGCACCGUCUCCGCGCCCACGGUGACGGUCAACUCCAUCUCCGUCUCCCCCUACGCGCUCGCCAGAUCCCCCUCCGUCUCCGCCGCCGCGGUCGACGCCGAGGACGGGGGCGUCGUGCGCGUCUACGGCUCCGACGGCUGCCCCGUCGCGUGGCGCCUCCGCGUCUCGCUCCUCUACAAGGCGGCGGCGCCCCUCCACUUCACGCCCUCCGAGGCGGCCCCGCUCGGCCGCCCCGUGCUCCGCCUCUCCGCCGCCGACCCGGAGGUCUGCGGCACCGCCGACGAGCUGCUGCGCCAGGUGGACGCGCGCUUCGAGGGCAAGCCGCGCGUCGCGCCGCCGGAGAGGCCCCGCGCGGCGUCGCCCGCGGCCGCGGCCGCGGCGGAGGUCGCCGAGCUGGUGCGGCUGCAGCACCGCAGCGCAGAACGGCACCUCGAGGGCGUGGCGGCGAAGGUGGCGGAGAUGGUGAAGAAGGGGAAGAAGUCCGGGAAGGGGAGGAGCGUCGUGGAGGCCGCUGAGGUCAGGAGGCUCGGCAAGUGGUACGGCGACGCGAUGGAGGUGAUGCUGGAGCACGCCAGGAUGGAGGAGACGCUCAUCUUUCCUGAUAUACAGAGGGCAUCCUUUCCAGGGGUAUGUGAUAAAGUUAAUGAGCAGCACGGCAGGCACCUGCCAAUGAUGAAUGGAAUCAAGGAGGAUAUAAAAACACUACUGACAUUGGAAUUAGGCAGCUCCCUAUUCCAUGAAGUGCUGGUCAACCUUUCGGUUCGCCUCAAAGCGUUGCAGGAUCACACAAAAGAACACUUCAAGGAAGAAGAGAGUGACAUGCUCCCACGGUUAGAAGGAGUACGGCGGAUGCAGCGGGAGGAGGGGAAGGUUUCUGACAAGUCUAAUUCUGCAUGGGCUUCAGAGGCGUUAGCUACAAUGGAGGUGACACACUCGAAGCUCUUCCCCUUCUUCAUGACCGGUCUCCUUCCUCAGGAGGCUGUGCAAUACUUAGACAUCAUAUGCCGAUGCACGAAGAACACGCGGCAUCUGGUCUCCAUGCUCAGAUCCCUUGCAGAGCGUCUGGAAGACGCGAACCCGUCAAUUAUACACAACAACCCCACUAAACUGUACGAGCAUCUCCUUGUAAAAUCCCCAUAAGCCUCAAACCUCCUCUGUGCAGCGACUCGGAAUGUUCCACUUAAGUUGUGAAUGCUAACCUCUUCUUUUCUUGUCUGGAGUGCAGCUAAUGUAUUUCGGGUAUUUGAACGAUUGUGAAAGCGUGUAUAGCUUGUUGUGUUAUCCCCAGCGUGUGUAAACUACACGGCAAAAAGAAGGAAGUGAUGGAAAUGGGCAUGAUUGUUUCUGAUCUA